GAUGUAUCUCUGUGUCUUAUUUUAAUGAUGCUAUUGUGGUAUAUGUCGUGUGUAUCUGUAGAUCUACAUGCGGCGGCGGUAGUUCGUGUAUAGAAGGUUUGUUGUUGUUAUUGUUACCUAUUGGUGUUUUUUUUUCCUCGUUCACCCGAGAGUAUUUCGGUAAUGAGACUGAUACCUUGGCGAUGGGUAAUUUAACACGUGUAUGUGUUUCCGAUGAGGUUUAAUUAGUGAUGAAUUUACAUUACGCGGGGUUAAGUUACGCCGAUCGAAGUGGUAUGAUAAGCGAGAUUUCAACCGUUUCUGCUGUGUCGACGUCACGGUAUACCUUAUGGCGAACAUGGUCGCAGUUAGCAGUAUCGUCGAGGGCGGAUGCAUUAUUCGCAAAACAGGGAACGUCGAUCGGUUGAUUUGCUGCGACCAGUUCACCACGAAUCUGCAGUGCAAACGUAUUCCGGUGAAUCGCGACAUUCGAGAAAAUAUCAUUCGAGGCUCAAAAAUACUUUGCGGCGUUCGUACACCGUUCCGGAGCGAUAAUCAGAUCGGAUGAAAGUGAAAUAUGAUUAGUUCGCGUUGAUGUCGAUUAAUAUGUUCGCGAUGGUCGUCCAUUUAUGGUAUAGUGUGUAGUUCCGUCAAGUGUCAUUGUCGCGUGUGCAUUCCAAAAAAAAAAGUUUAAAAGUGUUCUCGCGCGUGUGACGCGUCCGAGAAGUGUAAAAUUCGAGCCCGCAGCGCGGUCGUUCGAUUUCCAUUCACCGUUCUUCUUGUGUAUUCGACUGGGAAGCAGAUCCAAUAACCAAAAGUCAAACUGGAGGUUUCUUGCGGCGAUUUGACGAACAUGAGUUCGUAUUUCGGCAACUCGUACAUGUCAGAUAUGCGUAACGGCGGCGUCGUUCCGGCCGAACAUCCGCACCAGCAACACCAACACUACGGCGCCACGGUGCUGGCUCAGAGUAACGGGGUCGUUGACCCGAACUCGUGCGACCCUUCUGUGAUCGGUCUUCGGCAAGGUAUACCGCCGCCACAUUAUGGAGGCCCUCCGGCCGCCGGUCAACCACCUCAAGGUAUGCCAUACCCCCGAUUUCCACCCUUCGACCGGAUGGAUAUCAGGAAUUCGCCCUACUACGGCGGUCAAGCCGGCAUCGUCGACGGGUACCGGCCCGACUCGCCUACUGGCAUGGUUCACAUGACCCAGAACGGUCAUCAGACGCCCACCAUAUACGCUAGCUGUAAAAUGCAAGCGGCCGUUACCAAUGGCAUAGCCGGAGAUCCCGGCAGCCCUACCGAACUCGAUCCCACCAUGAAUAACCAUCACGCGCACCACCAUCCGCAGCAGCAUCAGCCGCAUCAUCUGUCUAACCAUCAGCAUCAGCACUCGAUGCAUCAGCAAAGUUUACCAAAUCAGCAACAAAAUUAUUACAAUAAUGUUAGUCAAGCCCCGCCCACCGGCCAUCACCAACAAGUUGUGGUUAACCAGCACCAGCAAACGCCGCCGCUGCAGCAACAGCCGCCUAACCAGCAGCAACCGCAACCAAAUAAUACCUCCGCAUCCUUACCUAGUCCGCUUUAUCCUUGGAUGAGGAGUCAGUUUGAAAGAAAAAGAGGUCGUCAAACAUAUACCAGAUACCAAACUUUAGAACUGGAGAAAGAAUUCCAUUUUAAUCGCUAUCUCACCAGACGAAGGAGGAUCGAAAUCGCUCACGCGCUCUGCCUGACCGAAAGACAGAUAAAAAUUUGGUUUCAAAAUAGAAGGAUGAAAUGGAAGAAAGAGAAUAAAACCAAAGGCGACGGUCAAAGCGGCGACGGAAGCGAUAUUACCCCACAGACUUCUCCGCAAUAACGACCUCAAACUUCAAAUUUUUGCAAGUCAUUUUUAUUUUGUCCUAUUUUGUAAGUUGAAUAAAACGUGGAAAAAACCAAAACGCGUUGGCGAGUGGCGUCAUGUUAUGGCCGUCAAGACGAAGGAAAAAUAAAACACGUGUGUCGUAUACGUAUAAAAACUCAUCAUCGAGCAGUAUGAUCUCAUUGGAUGCCCUCCUAAUUUCUCUCUCGAUGUUUCAAUAAGUAGAUAUUAUAAAUGUGGUCAAGUGCAAUAUAUAGGAAAUUUUUUCGCCUAUUUGCGCGAUGGUGCUUUUUAAUUCUUUCGGCAUUUUUGUAAUAAGGUUGCACCCUAUAUAAUGAUACGACGAGCAUCUUGUAAAUUGAUCGUCGAUUUCCUCUUUUUGCUGCCCUUUUUGCCAUUCGUACUUCGUACAUGGUACGGUAUCUCGUGUAGUAAAAACUUAUCCAUUUUUCAUCGUCAACACUGCGAAUAACAUUACGUCACAAAUUUUCUAUAUAUUUAUAAAAAAAAUUUUGUUUCUUGUAUAGGUGUACUUUGUUAUCUAUUUUAAAACUUUUUUUAAAGCUUGUUUUUAGGUUUUAGUCGAAAAGAAAAAAAAUUUAUAAAACGAUACAAAAAAAAACAAGGUGGCUAAAAUUGCAAUUUUAUAUUUAUAAACACGAUCCGUAUCGGAUUCGAAAAUGUGAUGUUUUUAAUCUCCUUUCCCGCGGUUGAGAUUGCAAUUUUAACCAUAAAUUUAGUAAUGCGUUUUUUUUCUUUUUUUUUAACCUCCAAAUGAAAAAAAUCUAAGUCAGAUUUAUUUUUAAGCUUAACUUUUCGAAUGUAUAAUAGUAUACCAUAAAUUGUUGGAUAUGUUUUAAUUAUUUUAGUUAAAAUACUCUCUUUUUUUUUGGAAAAUUUUCCCCAGUUGAGAUUAUAAGACCCCUUUUUUUUCGGUCUAAAUCUUCUCCUUUUCUUCCCCUUUGUUCUGUUAGCAUGAAAACAAUGAAACACGGUGCAAUAUAAAGAGGAAAAAAACGUCUGAUGCGAGCUGCUUCGUAUUAGAGUCGAAUUUUUGUGCUUUGCGAACUUUCGAGAUUUCUUAUUUGAUCUUUUUUGCGAUAUUGAUAUUUUGAGAACCCUUGAGAAGAAAAAGGGUGGGUUUAUUUAAUAGGUAUUCGUAUUAUUUGUUUUAAAUUUGCAAUUUUCAGCUUGGGUUAUUUUAUUUAUUUCUUGAUAAUUCACCAAAAAAAUGAAAAAAGUAAAAUCAUACUAACCCAUAUUUUUGGUUUUAAAUAAAAAUUUUAGUAUUUUGUAGCACCUCAGUAAAUUACCCUUCCUCUCUAUCCUACUCCGAAAAAUGUCAUGGGACAUUCAAUUGUACGUUUUGGAAAAUCCUUCUCAAAUUAGAACCUUCCUUUUGGUACUUUUUCAAAAAAAAAAAAAAAAAAAAAAAAACAUAGAAAAUUCAAAAUAAGUCCAAAAAAUAAAUUUGUGGGCUAAUUUUCUGGCAAAAUCAUUUUCCAUCUUCCUUCCAUUUUUUUUUCAAGACUACUCCGAAAAAAAAAUUAAAAUUUGAGAAACAUUUUUGGUUGAAUUAAAAAUUCAUAGAUCAGAAUUUUCGUACGAAAAAUUCGACUCUCAUAUGGCAAGAUCUGGCUGCUACGACUUUUUUUCCAUUUCUAUGUCUUAUUCUGUACCUCUCAUCAUGAAGAGGAGAAUCGUUUGAGAGUUAUAGAAUCACUUUCAUUACUUCUCCAAACUAAAACUGCUCUCCAUCAUUAGUUACAUAGAGAAAAAAAAACCUGUAGAACAAUAAAAAACAUUGGAAUAUUAUAGUGCUCUACAACUUUCAUUUAUGAUUUUUUUUCGUAUCGUGAUUUAUUCAAAAAUUCGACCUUUGCACCCCUAGGGAUGUUCCAAGAAUUCGACUAGUGAAUUUUUGGGCAACGAAUUUCGGUUAAGGAGAUUUUUUUCGUCGAAUAGGAAAAUGGUUAUACGAAUGUGAGCAUGCUUUUGUGCACCCCUGAACUUGGAAAUUGGACUCAGACGUCAUUGAUUGAACACCUUUGAUUGUACUUAGUCUUGAAGCAACGAACGUUUAUGAAAAUUGCACAUUCCAUUUAAUUGGUCAUAAGCUUAUUGAAAGAGUCAUAUCUGUGUACUUUUUUUCUGCUCCGAUAUUUCGAACGAAAAAAAUCUCCAAUCCGUCGAAGAUGAAUAAAAUAUAUUUUUGUAGUGAAUUUCUGACGAGUUGGCCGGUCAUAUUUUCGCCUUCUAAUUGCAUUUUUCAACAGUCGAUGUGCAUGGAAAUUUCAUUUUAAGGAUUAAUUUGUUCUGUAGAAUCUACUGAGUGUGCCUUCAUUUUUUUCUCCCUCGUUAUUUUUGUUUAUUGAAUGGCAAGGUUGGUAACAUUUAUUGCAUUUAGUUAUUCAUCGAGUAAAAAUUAUCAACCUUUAACUAGGUACUAAAUUUGCGAAAAUACGAAAAAGAUAUCGAAAUCAAAUGUACACUCUGUAUAAAAGCAAAGACGUGUUAUGGUUUCUCUCAACUCUCCCUCCAAAUCGACGAUUUUUUUCGUCGAAUCCGCCAUUGACUGAAUAAGUAACCCAUUAGAGUCGACCCUGUUUUUCCAUUUAACGAGGGUAGGAUUUUUAAUGAAUGUUCGAAAACUCGUAAUGGCUUCGUAAUGGUUUCUGUUUCGGUUGAUUAUGAAUUUCCUUAUAAUAUGGAUGCGGGCACGAUGCCGAUUAACUUACAUUUAAUUCGAGUACGUAAUACAUAUGAGUUCGUUCGAAUGAGGGGGAGAAGAGUUAAAUUUUUUCAUUGAAGUCUUUUCUCAAAAAAGAUGAUUCAAUUUGAGGCUCGUUUCAGUAGUUUUUUUUUUCAAACCGGUUUCCAAAAUGAAAAAAUUGCAGAGGCUUUUACCAUUUUUUUUCAACAAAAGCUUGAAAGGGUGUUGGAAAAAUCAUCACCCCCCCUCCCCCCUCC